GCACAACCCGGAUCUACCGGAACAUGAUCAUGCGGUUGGGACUCCCACAUGAACUCACAAGCUCAAGUUGCUUACACCAUUUCUGUAAAAAUGCAUCAGUAUGGAGUUCGGACGGCCGUACCGGCGGACCUCGGAGCCGCCUCCCGACAGCAAACUGUGACAGACGCUAACGUUCGUUCACGUGAAUGACUGACUGCACGUUGUCAUGGAAAGGGUGAUGAGUUGGAUCGGGUCACUGUGAUGGAUGAGUGAUUGGACCGGAUUCUGGAUUUCUGCAGAGGGAUCACGGUUGGAUUUGUGUGUUUGAAGUAUUUAUUGGAAGAUGGCAGAUUCUGGAGCGGAGACGCCUCCUGCUCAGCGUCAGAGGAGGAAGCAGGUGAUUCACGGCCCAGAGGAGCAGAAGAAGAUCUACACUGACUGGGCCAAUCACUAUUUGGCAAAAUCGGGACACAAGCGGCUGAUUAAAGAUCUGCAGCAGGAUGUUUCUGACGGAGUGCUUCUGGCUGAGAUCAUCCAGGUCGUGGCUAACGAGAAGAUCGAGGACAUUAACGGCUGCCCAAAGAGUCGCUCGCAGAUGAUUGAGAACAUCGAUACCUGUUUGACUUUCCUGGCAGCAAAAGGUGUGAAUAUACAGGGAUUAUCAGCUGAAGAGAUCAGGAAUGGGAAUCUGAAGGCCAUACUGGGACUCUUCUUCAGUUUAUCACGAUAUAAGCAACAACAACAACAGAGCUCACACAUACAUCAUACACACACCAGCACACACACUACCACACACACCACCACUACACACACUAACACGGCCUCAUCGCAUGGGACUCACGCCUCGACGACACACCCGCACCGAGCACAGGCGGAGAUGCAGUCCAGACUCCCCGGGCCGACGUCGAGGGUGUCAGGGGUGUGUGUUGACUCGACAGCUCGUGGGUCGCUCAGUUCUUCAGGGAACAGACGCAGCCAAACGUUCAGUGAUAAAUUCAAACCUGCAGGAGCUCAGAAUAAAGAAUCAUCAGACGGUUUCACCUCCCAACAUCCUAGCAUGACUGAGCAUGCUCCGUUGUCCAUGGCGACCACCUCAGCCCUCACCAGCACUGUGCCAACAUCUUCCUCCUCCUCCUCCUCCACUUCAUGUUCAUCCAUCCCUCAACCAAACUCCAUCACCAAACCCUGGAGGAACAAAUCACUGAGCGCUAAACACACAUCUACCUCCAACGUCAACUUAGCCAAACAGGACGUCUCUUCCAAACAGGCCGCGCUCGCUGAGCCGCCUCCCAAAUCCCUGCCUCAGAAAUCCAUGCUGGAGAAACUCAAGCUGUUCAACAGUAAGAGUGGCUCCAAGUCCUCUCCUCAGUCAGAGAGCGCUCCGGUGACAUCCAGCGUGGUGGAGAAAGUGGAAGCUAGCGCUAACACCGAGCCACUGGAAGAGGCGAACAGCUCGGCUCUGACGAGCAGCAGCCCAAAGUUGGCGCUGAAGGGCAUCGCACAGCGUACGUUCAGCCGAGCGCUGACAGCCAAGAAGGGCUCUGCCAAAACCGUAGAGAAAGAGAAAGAACGUGCUAAAGAAAAAGAGCGAGGCAAGGAUGCGGCUAAACAGGUUUCGGUGUCGGAAAAGGUGGAGCUUAAAGAGGAAGUGACAUCAGAAGAGGGGAACCUCACCGCUGACAUUAGCGGACCGGAUGCAGAGCCGAAAAAAACCUCAAAAAUUGCCAGCUUCAUUCCUAAAGGGGGCAAAGUCAGCGCUAAAAAGGAAAGCACCGCCCCUGUCCAGAGUGGCAUCCCUAAACCAGGGGGUAAAAUCACAGCUAAAAGCCCACCAGCGCUAGCUAGUAAGGACAGCGAGAGACCACGUAGCAUGCGGAUAAGCGGCGGAGUCGGGUUCCACAGAGACAGCCGCCACUCAUCGUCCUCUUCCAGUCUGGCGUCGACAGAAGGUAAAGGACAUCCGAACCACGGCGCCAGUGUCUUAGUGUCUAACGGAGGAACUACACAGUCCACCGCUAGCAAUACAGUUAGCGUGCAGCUCCCUCAGCCUCAGCAGCAGUACAGCCACCCGAACACGGCCACCGUGGCACCGUUCAUGUACAGGACCCAGACUGACGGAGACGACGGCAUCACUGCGGAAACGGGCUCCACGGGACAAAGCGGAGACUCGGGUAGCUUCGGCAAAACCAACCUGACGUCCGCUGAAGAUUUAUCAGGCGAAGAUCCUGAAACCAGGAGACUGAGAACAGUAAAGAACAUCGCAGAUCUUCGACAGAACCUCGAGGAAACCAUGUCCAGUUUACGUGGGACACAGGUCACUCACAGUGCCCUGGAGACGACGUUUGAUGGGAGUGUCACUACUGAGAUGAGCAAUCGUGGUUUCCGGGCAUCUCGAGCAGCACCGCUUUCCUGGGCCAAUCGGAUCGGCCCUUCCAGCCCCAGGUUGCAGGCAGGCGACGCCCCGUCGCUGGGGAACGCAUAUAGGGGUGGGGCCGCCCCGGGUCACGCUCGCUACCUUUAUUCGGUCCCUCUGCGCAGGCAGCUGGCGGCACGUGGCAGCGCCGUCUGUGGGCUAAAUCUGGGAGAGCGAGGCGGUGAGGAGCUGGAGCUGGACGUUAGCGGGUAUGUGAGCGACGGAGACGUCCUCGCUAAAAAUGCCCGGACAGACGAUCUCAGCAGUGGAUACAUGACUGAUGGUGGGGUGAGUUUAUACACUCGGAGAUUAAAUCGAUUCCCUGACGGGAUGCCAGCGAUGAGAGAAACAUUACAGAAACAUUCGACAGGUCAAGGAGAUGCGGACAGUUGGGAUGACGACAGCAGUUCGGUGAGCAGUGGGAUCAGUGACACCAUCGAUACUGACGAUAUCAACACCAGUUCGUCCAUCAGCUCAUACACGCACAAAUCUGCCGCACGGCGAGCACUCAGCUCACAGCCGCAGACAGACGCGGAGAAACAUUCAGCGUCUGAGCGACACUCGUCCUGGUCGUGUGAUGAGCUGAAGAGAUCUGACGGUGGUUCUGACAGCGGCGUGAAAACGGACUCCAGCUCCAAGUGGCGCAGAAAUCCUUCUGACGUAUCGGACGAGUCGGAUAAGGGUGGAGCAGGGAGGAAGGGCAUGGCCAUCUCGCAGACUGGCUCGUGGAGGCGUGGCAUGAGCGCGCAGGUUGGCGUGACCGCGCCCCGCACGAAAAGCACAAGUGGUACCCCAGGAACGGGCAUGCUCAAAACACAGGGCACAGCUAAAACAGACGAUGUAAAAGUAUCAGAGAAAGGCCGCGUUUCCCCACACACCAACGGCGUGAGUUCUGACUCCACACCCUCCCGGGUUCCUACCAGCUCGUUUGGCUUUAAGAAACCCACUUCUGGGUCUGGUUUAGGUCCAAACACCACGUCCGGCACACCGAUGGUCACGGCAAGCGGAAUGGUGGUAACCAGCGGUUCAGCCACACUGGGCAAAAUCCCCAAAUCCACAGCGUUGCUGGUAGGUGGGGUCAGAUCCGGCCUGAAAGGGUCAGCGGAGGGCUCGGUGGGAACUCAGGAGGACGGUUGCUUAGCGACCAGCGUCAGGUCCACCCUGCAGUACCGCAGCCUGCCGCGACCGUCACGGUCCGCCCACAACCGCUUGUCAACCAGCAGCAACGAAUCAGGACCCAGCGCCCGAGGCCCUGUUCUCAGCAUCACCAUGGCGACCAGUAAGAUGCGAGAGCCCAUUCCGAACGCAAAGACCAAUCAGACGGACAAGGAGAAGGGCGGAGUUCCGGAAACGGACAAUCUAAGGGCGAGCGUGAUUGGCUCGAGUUCAACCAUUCCACAAACGACCAGACAGGGAAGCAAAUACAGUGAGGUUUCAUCACCCACGCUGCGCAGACUUUUCGGAGGUAAAGCAGCUAAACAAGCCGCCGCCGCCGCCGAGAGUCUGAAGAACUCGGUGGUCAUUUCAAAUCCUCACGCCUCCAUCGGCCCCCUGGACUCUCCCUCGGCCGGCAGCGGCGGCGGCGCGGGGGGAAGCGAGCAGGCCUCCAGUCCCGGCUCGGGUUACUCGGGGGGCACGGGGACGUGGGGGUACCCCUCCGUCAGCAGCAUGCACACCAGCUCGGAGUCCAUCGACAUGUCGGUCAGCAGCGGGCAUCACCGCGACGACGGCCACCAGCCAAUCACACGCACGGGCAGCAACAGGACUGACAGCCCAUUUUCUUCUCCCUCUGCUAGUCCUAAAUUUAGCCGCAACACCUUACCUCGGAAACAGGACAGGUACACUCCGUCACCACAGUUGCGACAAGACGAGGCGCGCGAUUGGCUGCGCUCGCACUCCAUCAGCGGGCUGCAGGAUUCAGCAAGUAACUCUCCAUUCUCCACCGGAUCCAGCGUGACCUCACCAUCCGGGAAUCGAUUCAACUUCGGGCAUCUUGCCAGUCCUACUACUGCAGCUCAGAUUAACCUGGCCAGUCUGAGAAACAGCGGCCUGACCAAUCAGGACACGGUGCUUGACGUGAGCAGCGAGGCCCGAAUUAGAACCUCUUGUGUCUCACUGGACGAGAAAACACGCGUUAUCAGUCGCUCUGCCUCCUUCAGAGACGGCUUCGAAGAAGUUCACGGUUCUUCUCUAUCUCUGGUCUCCAGCACGUCCUCCAUCUACUCUACGAAUGAGGAGAAAUCGCAGUCGGAGAUCCGCAAGUUGCGCAGGGAGCUCGAUGCCUCACAGGAGAAAGUUUCAGCGCUGACGACCCAGCUGAGCGCCAACGCUCACCUGGUUGCAGCAUUUGAACAGAGUUUGGCCAACAUGACCAUCAGACUGAAGAGUCUAACAAUGACUGCCGAACAGAAGGACUCCGAGCUCGGCGAACUAAGAAAGACGAUCGAGCUCUUGAAGAAGCAGAACUCUGUGGCUCAGGCCGCCAUCAAUGGAGUCAUCAACACACCUGAACUCCCCUGUAAACCUCACCGCACCAGUUCUGUAGGUUCUGCGUCAGUGCAGGCGGAGAUGUGCAUGCGCAGACAGCACUCGUCUGAUAGUGUGUCCAGCAUCACCAGUCACUCCAGCAUGGAGAACUCGGAGAACAGCAGCAAGAAGAAGAAGAAGAACUGGCUGCGUAGCUCCUUCAAGCAGGCUUUUACCAAGAAGAAGUCUCCUAAAUCGGCCUCGUCUCAUUCCGACAUCGAGGAGAUGAACGACUCGCUCCCGUCCUCACCGAAGCUCAUUCGUAACGGGUCCACCAGUAACACCCCUGUACUCAGGACCUCUCACUCCAACUCACUGAUACAGGAGGGGUUAGACGGAGAGGCUGAAACGGUGAUGCAGCUGCGUAGCGAGUUGAGAGAAAAAGAAAUGAAGCUGACGGACAUCCGGUUGGAGGCUCUAAGCUCCGCCCACCAGCUUGACCAAUUACGAGAGGCCAUGAACCGCAUGCAGGUGGAGAUAGAAAAGCUGAAAGGGGAAAAUGAUCGCUUGAAGUUGGAGAGCCAGGGGAGCGGAGGUCGUCUGGUGAUCAGUUCAAGAUGCACUACCACUUCGUCAGCAGUAAUCAACCAGCAGGACCUCACUGAGUCCACCAGCUUCGCGUGCGCAGAUAUGCUGCUAGAUGAUUCUGGAGGAGACGGUGGUUUCCGGAAAGACGGUCGACACGUGAAGAUCGUGGUCAGUUUACAGAAGGAGAACGCUUCAUGGAGAGAGGAUGGCAGGCCGCGGGACUUCCUGAUUGGCUGUAUCGGAGUCAGUGGUAAAACCAAGUGGGACGUUCUGGAUGGAGUCGUGCGACGACUUUUUAAGGAAUACAUCAGGUACGUAGAUCCGGUCAGCCAGCUGGGAUUGAGUUCUGACACUGUGGAGGGAUAUCGGAUCGGGGACGUGAUCAGGCCCAGUGGAGCCGAAAUGCCAGAGCUGCUUCCUUGUGGAUACUUAGUGGGAGAAAACAACACAAUUAACCUCUCGCUUAAAGGUUUACACGCACGUUCAAUUGACUCGCUGGUGUUUGAGACAUUGACCCCGAAACCAGUGCUGCAGCGCUACAUCUCUCUACUGCGUGAACAUCGACGCCUCAUCCUGUCUGGUCCAAGUGGUACCGGUAAAACCUACCUGGCACAGCGGCUAGCUGAGCACCUGGCACUGCUGGAGGGGCGCACAGACACCCACACUGCCGUCACCACGUUCAGUGUGGACCACAAGUCCAGCAAGGAGCUGCGUCAGUACCUGCAGAUGGUGGUGGAACAGUGCAGUGUGGAUCAGACUGAAGCUCCUUUGGUUGUUAUACUGGAUAAUCUACAUCAUAUCAGCUCACUGGGAGAGAUCUUUAAUGGCCUGCUGACACACACACACCAACACUGCCCAUACAUCAUUGGCACUAUGAGUCAAGCAACGUCUUCAUCUCCGAAUCUGCAGGUUCAUCACAACUUCAGGUGGGUGCUGUGUGUGAAUCAUACGGAGCCGGUGAAAGGCUUUCUGGGACGGUAUCUGAGGAGGAAGCUGAUCGAAACAGAAAUCGGCAGCCGCACGAGAAAUCCUGAGCUGGUGAAGAUCGUCGAGUGGGUUCCUAAAGUGUGGCAUCAUCUGAACCGUUUCCUGGAGGCACACAGCUCCUCCGAUGUUACCAUCGGGCCACGUUUGUUCCUGUCGUGCCCGAUGGAUGUGGACGACUCUCGUGUUUGGUUUACAGAUCUGUGGAACUACAGCAUCAUCCCCUAUGUCCUGGAGGCCGUCAGAGAGGGACUGCAGCUGUACGGACGCAGAGCAGCGUGGGACGAUCCCGCCCGCUGGGUGACAGAGACGUUUCCAUGGCGAUCGAGCGCGCAGCAUCCUGAUUGGCCCGCCUUGCUAAAACUCCGCCCGGAGGAUGUAGGAUUGGAUGGAAGCUCCACCUCAAAAGAGGGACCGACCAAACCGAGCGCUCAGAGUGACAGUGAUGCGGAUCCACUGAUGAACAUGCUGAUGCGUUUGAAGGAAGCAGCCAACUGCUCCAGCACUCAGAGUUACGACAGCGAUUCCAACAGUAACGAACAUCACGACGACAUCCUGGAUUCAUCACUGGAGUCGACACUGUAAAGCCCCCGACCCUCCGACCCAACGUUUUCUUCCUGUGAAUGUUCCUCGCGCUGAGGCAGCACUAAUAAUGUCUUUUUUUUUUGCUGGAGCACAAUGUCAUGGGUGCUGGCAACCCGACAAAUUUUCUUUACUUUAUAACUAAGGAUAUAAAACUGCACUACCCAGCAUUCAUUACACAAAGCUAAUAAGAGUAAACAAGGUGCUUUAUUUUCUGGACUCAAACCUACAGUAUAAUCCGUAAUGCAAGUCAGCAUGCAUGGAUGCUUUUGUGUAUCAGAAGGUUUAACAGUGAUCGCCUGUAGGGGGCGUAUCAGCACCCAGACGUCCCAACGGCCCAUUAAGAAACGACACGGAGAAAAAGCUCAGGAAACGUUAAAGCUGCGUUCAUUUGAACUUUGCGUCUAGAGAUUUGUUUACUUGUUGAUCACUACUAGACUCGUGGAACUGGUCCAGAGUUUUCAUCCAUCUACGAUUGGUUCAGUCUCCACUGACGGGAUGUAUUAUGAAUACAGUAUCGAAUUGUGCAUUACUGUGCUGGUGAAUUCGGUGGGUCUGGCUCUUCCGGGAAACCCUGAAAGCAAUCCCUGGCAUGGCUUCGGCCACACCGUCUGUGUAGAUGCCUGACGGGCAGAUAGCACAGCUGAGCUGAAAGGUGGCAGUCUGAUUCCAGUAAUCAGUACACUAACCUCAAUUUCAGAAAAGCUGGGACAGCCUUGUUCUAUAUUUAAACAGUAUUAGGGUUUUAUUUAAAAUACGCACUCAUUUUAAACCUAAUGUCGCUGUCAUAUCACCCUUUCUUUUUAAUAUCACUUAAUAACUGGUCAGGAAUAAAAAUGUAUAGUU